GUUGUUGACAAAUGCGGCAUUGCUCUCAUAGAAGAGAAGAGAGUCAAAAAGAGUAGGUAGGCCUCCAGAGGAUCAAGGAGGUGGUUCACGUUCACGCAUCCAAGCUGUGGGUCCUUCAGCCGUAGUCAACCGUUAUCAGGUGAGACGAACCCGCCAGGACCAAGGCUGACUGGUUGGCUACGAUUCCAGGAUGAACUUGGGUUUGAAUGCGUCAUCGGGUUCGGGUUCAUCAUCGAGCCACUUGUUUUCGUUGGUGCGUUGUCCUUUGGCGGCCUCUGGGAUUGAGGAAUCGAUUGCGGCUCGUUUUCUGGAUGUGAGUGAGGACCAGCUCGUCACCAUCGGGGCCAAUGUACUCAAGGUGUUUCGCAUUCGGCCCCAGAACCUAACUGACACGGGCCAAUAUGACGACCUCAACCCGCCCAAGAUGCGUUUGGAGUGUAUGGCCACGUGGACCCUGAGCUCGCCCAUUCAAAGCAUUGGGAAGGUGCGAUUCUUGAAUGCACGUCGCGACUCUUUGGUCCUCUCCUUCUUGGACGCCAAGAUCAGCGUCAUCGACUAUGACCCAGAAACCCAUGAUCUCAAGACCGUUUCCCUUCAUAUCUUUGAAGAUCAAGAGGUCCGCAGUGGCUAUGCUAGUAAUCAGAGCAUUCCGUUCAUUCGGGUCGAUCCGGACAGCCGUUGUGCGGCCAUGCUCAUCUACGGCCGCAAGAUCGUCAUUCUGCCCUUCAAACGCGACCUCCUCGUCUCCACCGAGGAUGAAUUGCUCACCGGUGAGCCGCACGCCGGCAAAUCCGCGGCGCCCGUGCUCUCCUCGUACGCUCUAGACUUGAGCACGGUGUUGCCGGCUCACACCGUCGAAAACGUGAUUGACAUUCAGUUUCUUCAUGGCUACAAUCAGCCCACUCUCAUGAUUCUUUAUGAACCACUGAAAACUUGUCCCGGUCGUAUCGCCGUGAGAAAGGACACUUGUCGCUUGGAUGUCGUGACACUCGAUGUGAAAGAGCGCGUGUGCGCCUUCAUCUGGUCCAAGGAGAAUCUACCUUUUGAUUGUCUAAAAGCCAUUCCUGUGCCCAAGCCGAUUGGCGGGACUUUGGUGUUUUCGGUCAAUGCGGUUCACUAUCUUAAUCAAGGCAUUCCCGCCUUUGGCCUCUCCUUGAACUCCAUUGGCGACGCCACCUUGGAGAAUAUUGCCCGCCAAGAGUUGGUCAGUUUGACGUUGGAUUGCGCGCAAGCCGUGUUUAUCACCCCCGAGAGAGCCGUGAUUUCGCUGAGAGGAGGAGAGAUUUAUGUCAUGUCGCUGAUCUUGGAUGGCGGCAUUCGGAGUGUUCGCGGGUUUCAUUUCGAUCGCGCGGCUGCUUCUGUACUCACCACAUGUCUCACAGUCUUGGAGGACCGCUUUCUGUUCCUUGGAUCUCGCUUGGGAAACUCGUUGCUCCUUCAGUUCCGCGAAAAAGAGCUCAAUUCGAUUCCGGAGGCCGUGAUUGAGACCAUUGAGCCGCCGUUGAAGAAGAAACGUACCGAUGGCAAUGAGGAUUGGAUGGCCUCGGAUGUAGGCGAUAUCAAGGAUGUCGAUCUCGAGGUCUAUGGGCGAGAAGACAAAGUCGCGACGAGUCGGGUGAGCUCGUAUAGCUUCGAAGUUUGCGACAGUUUACUGAAUAUCGGGCCUUGCGGGAAUGUGAGUAUGGGUGAUCCAGCGUUUCUCUCCGAAGAGUUCAAUUCGGCCAAGAUGGCCGAUCCCGACGUGGAAUUGGUCACAACCUCCGGGCAUGGCAAGAAUGGAGCACUCUGCGUUCUGCAAAAAACCAUUCGACCUCAAGUGGUCACCACGUUCGAAUUACCGGGUUGUUUGAACAUGUGGACGGUUCACGGAGAUACUGAUCUCGCCAAUGGACACGCCUUCCUGAUCCUAUCUCGAGCUGACUCGACCAUGGUUUUGCAAACAGGGCAAGAAAUCAAUGAAUUGGACAGUUCCGGCUUUUUUACGCAAGGUUCAACGAUUUUCACCGGAAAUAUGGGCAACAAUAAAUACAUUAUUCAGGUCUCUCAAAAUGGAGCGUGGUUGCUCAAAGGAUCGAAACGGGUGCAACAUUUGCCUUUGGAACUGUCCGGACCCAUCGUCAGGGCCAGCUGUGCCGACCCUUAUUUAGUCAUUAUGACAUCCGAAGGUCAAUUGGUCCUCCUCACUCUGGAGACCAAGGUCGGUUCGCCCAAAUUGAGUAUACUCAAGGCGAAUCUCAAGAGCCGGAGUAAGCUCCUCAACAUUUGCGCUUAUAAAGACGUGUCCGGACUUUUCACCACGGAAGCACCUGAGACCGUGGACGAAUCUGGAGCGUCAGUCAAAGCGCCGUCUUCAACCUCUGUUAGUACGGCGCCACCAAUUCCGGAUAUCGAGGAUGAAGACGCGCUCUUGUACGGAGAUGCGGCUCCUACGAAUUUGUUCGCGGGUGACUCAAGAACGGCUUCAUCUAGCAACCCGGACCCGUUGAGUGGAGGAGGGUCAGCUCCAUUCUGGCGGAAGCACAUGAAACCGCACAAAGCCUCGUUUUGGGUGUUCUUGUACAGAGAAGAUGGCCAUCUCGAAAUCCUGACCCUGCCGGAUUUCUCGGUCAAAUACGUAGUACAUCAGUUCUAUCUGGGCCAUGAUGUUCUCGUGGAUGGAACUACGGCCUCUGAGGAAUCAAUUGGCUCCUCGAGUCUCAAAGUAGAGGCCUCGCCCGCCAUCACGGAGAUCCUUAUGGUGGGCCUAGGAGCCCAAGGAUCCAGGCCUGUUUUGUUGGCUCGCUCUCAGGAUCAUGAGCUGCUUUGUUAUGAGGUGUUUCCCUUUUACGAGAAGACCGACAAAGACCAGAUCAAGAUUCGUUUCAAGAAGACGAAGCACGGUCUCAUUCUCCGAGAACGCCGUGGAAAAACUCGGAAAGAGGCCAUGGCCGCUCCCAAAUCCUCAAUGCGGGUAUUCCACGACAUUGCCGGCUACGAAGGCGUGUUCCUGUGCGGGCCCUAUCCCCAUUGGCUCAUGCUGACCUCAAGAGGCGAGCUGAGAACGCAUCCCAUGCCCAUUGAUGGACCCGUCCCGUGCUUUGCCGCCUUUCACAACGUCAAUUGUCCGCAGGGUUUCUUGUACUUCAACAAGAAAGGGGAGCUCAGGAUUUGCGUUCUUCCCACUCAUUUGUCGUAUGAUGCGCCCUGGCCAGUUCGGAAGGUGCCUUUGAGGCUCACCCCUCACUUCAUUACCUAUCAUUUGGAAUCGAAAACAUAUGCUGUGGUUACAUCGUCGUCUGAGCCAACCAAACAGGUGUGGAAGUUCAAUGGCGACGAUAAAGAGUUGGUGGACGAGACCCGAGAUGACCGAUAUCCAUGGCCUAGUAAGGACAUGUUCACUUUGCAGUUGUUUUCUCCCGUGUCUUGGGAACCCAUUCCCAAUACCAAAGAGCUCAUGAACGAAUGGGAGCGAUGCACUUCUCUCAAGCAUCUCUGUCUGUCCUCGGAAGGUCUUCACUCCGGACAGCGAGGCUACAUCGUUUGCGGAACGUCAUACAGUUACGGAGAAGAUGUCACUCCUCGUGGUUAUAUUCGGAUAUACGAUGUCAUCGAAGUCAUCCCUGAGCCUGGACAACCCUUGACCAAGAACAAGAUCAAAACAGUGUACGAUAAAGAGCAGAAGGGUCCUGUGACCUCAAUUACAGCUGUGAACGGGUAUCUAGUGGCCACUGUGGGACAAAAGAUCUACAUAUUCCAAUUCAAGAAUAAAGAUCUGUUUGGCGUAGCCUUCAUCGACUCUCAGAUCUACAUUCACCAAUUGGUCUCCCUCAAAAACUUCAUCCUCGUGGGUGAUGUCAUGAAGUCCGUGGAUCUCUUGCAAUUCCAGCAGGACUACCGAACUCUGGCUGUGAUUUCUCGAGACUCUCAUCCUUUGGAGGUCUAUUCCUGCGAAUACAUUGUCGACAACAAUGUGCUGGCCUUCAUGGUAACGGAUGCGGAUAAGAACAUGGCGAUCUUCAUGUACCAACCCGAUAAUCGGGAGUCACGCGGAGGUCAACAGUUGGUUAGAAAGGCUGAUUUCCAUUUGGGACAGCAUGUGAACACGAUAUUUCGGAUUCGAGCCAAGAUCACGGAUCCUACGACCAGCGGACGUGUGAUCACAGGCUGGGAGAAACGCCAAGUGACCUGGUUUGCCACGCUGGAUGGAGCACUGGGAUAUCUUCUUCCUUGUGCGGAGAAGACGUUCCGACGACUCCAAAUGUUACUCAACGUCCUCAACCAUGCCAUUCCACACCCUGCAGGUCUGAAUCCAAAAGCGUCACGGAUUAUCCGACAACAACGUAAAGAUCUCUUAAAUCCGGCCAAGUCCGUAGUGGAUGGCGAUCUUGUGUUCAAGUUCACGGACAUGUCUCACCCCAUGAAGCACGAUUUUGCCAAGAAGAUUGGAACCAGUGCCCUGGAUCUCAUGGACGACUUGGCCGAGUUGGACCGCAUGGCCGCUCAUUUUUAAGAUAUUUUCGACCUUUGUGCUCAGCAGUAUUUGAAAUAGGCUUAUGGCUGUCUCAUGAUUGGUCGAACCAAUUUUUAAGCCCUUGAUGUUUUAUGAAUAUGUUUCAAGAGUGCUUUGGAGUGGAGGAUGGUGAAAAUUAAAAGAAAUGACUUCAA